AUGCAUAACUCUCGUGGGCGAGUUGGUGGUGGGUCUCCCUAUUCUAUAGCGAGGAACCAUAGAGCAAAGCUCGCAGCCGAUUAUCAUGACCUUUUGAAAGAACUAUCUACUCCGGACAUAGCCUCAAUCGGCAACUACAUACUAGGAGAACCUCUGGGCGCAGGUUCAUACGGAAACGUCAAACUCGCGACUCAUCGUAUGACUGGACAGAAGGUUGCCAUAAAAAUCAUCGACAAAAUACACAAAGAGACGGUUGCUCCUGAAAUAUAUCAUCAUCGGUAUCUCCAUCAUCCAAAUAUCGUCUCACUUCUCGAAGUUAUUCCUGCGGAAACCAAAAUAUAUAUGGUCUUGGAAUACUGCGAAAAUGGUGAAUUAUACAACUACCUGUUUAAUAAAAUAGCCAACGGAUCUUAUGUGAAAGAGAGUGUGGCCAGACGGAUGUUUGGUCAAGUAUGUAAGGCUGUUAAAUAUUGUCAUGACAGGCGUAUAGUUCACAGAGAUCUCAAGCUAGAGAACAUUUUAUUGGAUGCACAUAAUAACGUCAAACUUAGUGACUUCGGCUUCACACAAGAAUAUGAAAACAGAAGAUUACUAGAUACUAUGUGCGGAUCAAUAGGAUACUCAGCUCCAGAAAUAUUAAGUGGCAAAAAAUAUCUUGGACCAGAGGCUGAUAUAUGGUCACUUGGCGUUAUUCUGUACACAUUGCUCUGUGGGAGUUUACCAUUUGACGAUGAUGAUGACGACGAAAUGAAGGCUAAAAUAAUAAAAGGAGAAUAUGUCCUGGAGGAUCGCUUAUCUGACGAAGCAAAGGAUCUUAUUCAAUCAAUACUACAGCUCGAACCUAGUAAACGCUUCACAUUGAAACAAAUCCUGGAUCAUCCAGAGGAAAUAUUAAAGGCACAAAGGAAUAACGGAUUGCAAGAGAACAAUUAUCAGAUGACUGCAUUGAAUCAUCGCAGACCAUCAGCACCAUCAGCAUUCAACACACCAACAUCAUCACAAUCACAAUUAUCAACAAAAUCAUCCCGUAGAUCGUCAGUUGAUGGUAAAGCUCUCAAUGAGAAAAUCCUAUUCAAACAUGCUGAUGAAAAAGAACUAUUAGAUAAACUAGAACAAUUAGGCUUUGACACUGCCACAAUAAAAAGCAGUGUAUUAGAAGCAAAGUGUGAUUCAUCAAAUGGACUAUGGUGGCUAUUGUUAGGCAGUAUGAGAGAAAGGAAAAAGGCGGGCAUAGGACAAUCGUCAAAAAUGGUAGACAUUGGUGUUGGCACUAAUGAUGAUGUAGAAUUAGCUAAAUCAGUAGAGACAGUUGUGGAAGAGAGCAACGAGGAACAGGAUAAUUAUGAGGAGGAAGAGUCGGAGAUAGAGGGGAUAGAGGAGAUAGAUGAGGAAGAGGAGGAUGAUGAUCCUGUAACACUAUUAGUCGAGUCGCCAGCAGGGACUGGAGGGACUACCACCCCGCGUCACUCGCAGGACGGACCACCUGUGCCUCCAAAGAAAUAUGAAGAAAUACCUCCUCCGACUCCUCCUCCAAAGACCUAUCACGCAGCUCCUGCCACUCGAGAACGACGCAAAUCACUAAUACUCUCAUUUCCCGAAGCUGUAGAGCCCGUCCUCACGGCUAUACACGCAUCGGCGUCUCCACCCCUCUCCCCCAAGAAAUAUUCAACGUUCACGAGUCCACCAAGUUCACGACCAGUUAGUCCUAUACAGUCAAUAAUGCCCAUACCAAAUACCAAAUCACCAACUCAUCGUAAGCGAGGCGGAAUACUAUCGGCUAUCAAAGGGUGGUGGGUAGGUGGUAAUGCUCACCAUACCAAAGACGGUAAGAAUGCUGCCUACAGACGAAGUUUUAACAACUUUGCUGAGAAUAGUGCGAUAAAGCCCACUGAUAUAGCCCGCGCUCGUGCUCGUACUAGAGCUAAACGAAGGAGUGGUAGCGACUCGCCUCCUUAUUACGAUGGUGGUGGCGGCGCUAGUAACAUGAAUACUCGACGACAAUCUCAUGGAUCAAUAAGAGAAAAAAAAAAGAGAAAUUCGUGGCAAGGGAAUAAGGGACGACGGGGAUCACAGUUGUCUCCGUUAAUGAUACCACCUGUGACGCCGUCUGUCGUCUUAUCUCAGAAUUCGCCCACGAUAUUGUCUCCAAUGCCCGGAACGCCCCCUGGACGACCGAAGACUAUGUUUACUAUAAGUCGCAAAGGAGCGUUUGUAGCUAACGGUGGUUCUUGGGGGCGUAAGACUGUUAAGCGCAGAAGUACCGGUAACGGAAUUAACAGCCUCAUGGAGAGUUUUAAUGCCGCAUCUAGUUCAUCCAGUAGUCAUGCACAUCAUCUAAAAACGUAG